UGUUUCGUUGGAGGUUAGUUUUUCAAUUUAUUCAAUUCCAGUGUUGUUUCGUUUUCCGUCUGCUCUGCUGCAACAACAAACGAACCAUGAAAUCACUUCUCAGGAGGAGAAAGCUCUAACUUAAAUAAAAUUCUGUUCAGCAGCUCCAUUGGCAGUCGCUUGAGGCCAGUGGCCAGUUGGACUUUCAUGAUGGACUUGUCAACUCCUGAAGAGGAAGACUUUCCUGGUAGAUUGCUACAUCAGGCAGCUCUGUGGGACAAUGCGGAGUUGUUGGAGGACUUAUUGAGAGGAGAUCAAUCCGUCCACAUUAACAGCCAGGACUCAUGGGGACGCACAGCCUUACAUGCAGCAGCCACUACAGAAAAUUCCCGUUGUUUGAGAGUCCUCUUGCAAGCAGGAGCUAAUCCAAACAUUCCAUGUGGACCAAGAGGUGAUAGUCGGACAGCACUGCAUGUAAGCGCAGAGCAUGGGUUUGUGGGUAACGUGAUGGUGCUGCUGGCUCACAACGCAGACAUGCUAGCACGGGACUCUACUGGUCUGACACCCCUCGACAUUGCAGAGAAGGGUGAACAUGCAGAGUGUAUGCAGGUCCUCAAACAGGCGGCCGAUUCCAGAGAACAAGUGCGUCACAACUUCCACCAAUCUCUGAGAGAAGCUUGUAGUAAUGGAGACAUUGCUCUGGUGAGGUCUCUCAUCUCUCAACUGAGCUCAGAGGCUGAACUGGUGGUCAACAUGGCUCCCAAUGGCUCCAACACGCUGCUUUAUACAGCAUGUGAGCUAGGUCGCAAAGACAUAGUGAAGGCACUGUUAGAUGCUGAGGCUGAUGGUCGUAUUCACCCUGUCACUCGCUAUUCUCCUCUGUACAUCGCUUGCUUCAAGGGUCACAAGGACGUUGCUGAACUUUUACUCAAGAGGUUUCCCCAGCUUGUGCAGCUGUACACAGUAGAGAAGUGGCUGCCUAUCCAUGCAGCUUGUAUCAACAACCAUGUACAUAUCAUGGAGCUGCUACUCAAGUUCAACUAUCCACCACAGCUACUCUCCACAUACAGGGAUGGAGAUUGGGAGUAUCAGCUGGCUUUUGACCUCAACAUGAAGGAUGUGACAGGUCAGAAUGUGCUGUACCUAGCAUGUCUCCUGGGCAACUACAAGAUGGUGGAUCUACUACUCAAGUUCAAAGUCAAGGCUUCAAGGAUCAAGGAGCAGACGACCGAUGGGGAGGGCGAAGAAGAUGAUGAAGUAGUGAGCCCGACCCGAGGCCGUCGCAUCUCCGACGGCAUCCUCGGCAUCAUGUCCCGUCUGAACCUGAGUGCUAGAGGAACUACAGAGGGCACAGAACGCCUGGUGUGUCCCUGGGACCUGGAUGCUUACUGCAGCAACGGCUCAGAGACUGCUCUGCACGUAGCGGUGCGUGGUCGCCACGGGGACAUUGCGGGACUGCUUUUAGCAGCUGGAGCCAAUCCCAACCUUGCCACACGACGACCUCUCACUGACCAGCCAAUGGUAGGCCAGCAGGUACGUUCGGGCUGUGAUGAGGCUAUGACUGCGCUUGAGCAGGCUUGUAUCAACCGUGACAUCGCCACUGUGGAUCUGCUGCUGAGACACGGAGCUAGAGACGAUGACUCCAGGGCACUCGCUGUCGUCGUCACCAACAAGGAUGAUAUCCUCACAGCCAAACUUCUGUCCAUCAAGGCCCACCCUGACCCUGAGAAUAGGAUCAACAAAAAGGCUAUGAGCGAGCAGAUCCCAGCAGCCAGUGGUCAGUUCAGUGUACAGAGUCUCACAUACAGCAACAUGUUUGCCAACACGCCUGUCAUGAUCAACUGGCAUUGUCAGCGUUGUCAACUCACCCAGAUACGACCUCAGUGGCUGGUAGAUGCAGCGCUCCAUGUCAACCCCAAGUUACGUCUGAACCCUCGCAGUCAAGAUGUGGUGUUGUAUGCCAUCACCAGGAUAGAUGUGUCCAACAACUCCCUCACUUGGCUGCCUCCUGUGGUCUUCCAGCUGCAGAGUCUCAGGUACCUGAAUCUUGCACAUAACAAGAUAGAGAAGCUGCCCAGUGACAAGGAUUCGCCACAGUGGGAUGACAACAAUAGAAAGAAGAAACUGAGACACAAUCUCAAGCUGUACUCUGCUCCUCUGUUGGAAGAGUUGUAUCUCCAGUACAACAGACUGGAGGUGUUGCCAGAUGAGGUGUUUGUGUUGCCAGGACUUGUGACUCUGGAUGUAUCCAACAACAAACUCUCCUGUUUGCCUCACAGAAUGUGGCGAGCUCCCAAACUCAAGGAGCUCAAUGCAGCGUUCAACCUCCUCAGAGAUCUACCUACUCUUCAACCAGAUGACAUGAGUGACUCGGCCAGUGUGUGCUCCAUCGAGUCAUCUCGCAGUGUAGACUCUCAGCUCAGCUCUGUGGCUGACUCUCCUCUCCCUCCUCCCACGCCCGACCAUGACAGCACUCCCAAGGAUAGAAACGUUCGGUUACUAAACCUGGUCCAACACAACGUGUGGAGUCGCAGUGUACAAGUCAUGGAGCAAAUCAGCGGUGGAGAUGAAAAUAAUCAGCAGAACUGUAGUCAUCUGUCAGCUCUCAACCUAGCACACAACCAGUUCACCUCCAUACCCAAUACACUGGCCUGCCUGGCAGUCAACCUCACUAGACUCAACCUGGCCUACAACAGCCUGCGCAGUAUGGGCCACAUGACGUCGUACCCUGCCAGCCUCAAGCAGCUAGACCUGAGUCACAACCAAGUGUGCUGUUGGCCUAGUCUACCUCAGAUAGAGCUACUGGAUGCCAUGGAACAGGCGGCGAUUACAUGCUAUUCAGGCGAUGCUUGCAGUAAACCCGCCAGACCCGUAUCUGGUCGUAGACAAGCAGGUCGGUCACUGAGGACUGCUAUACUUAACAGUCUAUGUACUCACCGUAGACAUCUGCGUCUAGACAACCUGAGGACCCUGGUGUUGGCGGAUAACCAAGUACAGAGGAUACAACUGACCACUGAUGAUGACGGCCUCAACAUCUCUCAAGACAGCGAGGAGCACGACCCUGACUGGGACAUGAUGGCAGUCAGUGGAGUGAAGGUGAAGCUCAUGUUCCCAGCACUCAGCAUGUUAGACAUCAGCAACAACAACCUGAAGGAGAUCCCUGUCAGUAUACACGAGCUCAGCAAUCUGUCUGUCCUCAACGUCAGCGGAAACCCAGACAUCAGUGAGCUGCCGCCGCAGAUGGGGUUGUUGUCUCGACUAUGGAACCUCAACACUCGAGGAUGCAGUCUACAAGAGCCACUCAAGUCCAUGAUAGACUCGAAGAAGUACAAGACAAUGGACGUAGUGGGGUAUCUCAAGUCAGUGCUGGAGGAUGCUAAACCGUAUGCUCGCAUGAAGCUGAUGAUUGUCGGGAUACAAGGCAUCGGCAAAACAUCUCUACUGGAACAACUGAGAAUGGAAGGCACUGGCUCAUACAAGAAAAAACCAACUGAGCACUGGGCCAAGCGGAUGGGCAACAAGAACAUCAAUGUGAAGACCUCACGGGGCACCAACAUGUCUACUGUAGGGGUGGACAUUGGAGAUUGGGUGUAUGAGAAGAAGGUGCGCGGCCACUCCAAUCACGGACCUGUAGUCUUCAGGACAUGGGACUUUGGAGGGCAGAGGGAGUACUAUGCUACUCAUCAGUACUUCCUGAGCAAACGCAGUCUGUAUCUGGUGGUCUGGAGGAUACCUGACGGACAACGAGGCAUUGCAGAGAUACUACAGUGGCUAGUCAAUAUACAGGCUCGAGCACCCAACUCUCCUGUUCUAAUAAUCGGCACUCAUUACGACAUGAUGCAGCAGUAUCCAUCCUCACGCUCAGAAGAUUUGCAGCAACUCAUCCGAGACAAGUUCAUCAAUGUAGUGGAUGCAGAGAAGUGUGGUCUGCCUCGAGUGUUGGACACCAUUGAGGUCAGCUGCAAGACACGACACAACAUCAAACUGUUGUGUAACCUCAUCUACGACACUGUCUUCAGCCUUCGCCCACCAGGCAGCAAAGAGUUAUUGCUAGAGCAGCGUGUGCCAGCCAGCUACCUAGCCCUGGAGGACGUAGUUGCACACAUCGCAGCAGAACGUCGCGUAGCUGGAGCAGACCCUGUGUUGGACGCUGAGACUUAUCGUACGUUCGUGUGGUCAGAAAUGCAACAUCGCUAUCAGAGAACCUUCCGUGAUGUGGCCGAACUGCACCAGGCUACAUUGUUCCUACAUGAUAAUGGAGUUCUCCUGCAUUAUGAUGAUGCAACAUUGAAGGACCUCUACUUCCUUGACCCCCAGUGGCUGUGUGACAUGUUGGCACAUGUUGUGACCAUCCGGGAAAUAAACCCGUUUGCUAGAACUGGCAUAAUGAAGCUGGAUGACCUGAAGCAUGUGUUCAAGUCCAGCAACCUAGGUCCAGUAGACACCAGGGGCUACAUUGUCAACUUGCUCAACAAGUUUGAAGUUGCACUGACGUGGGACAACCGCACACUGCUUAUCCCCUCCCUGCUGCCAGCUGAGCAGGACGUCAGCAACCACACGGCCGGGGUCAAAGUCAAGAUCCCAGUAAGGUCCCGGGGAUGGGCUGUGCGCAACAAGAAGGUCUCUACGGGCUCAGCCACUGCCACAACCCUGGUCGGAAACUCUUCCUUCUACGCUUCACCCCCUACUCCUGUUCACGAGGUACCCUCGGAGCUGGAGUUGACUCACCGCAGCGAUCCUGAGGUUUGUGUCACCAGACUGUUGCUUAUGUCAUACUUCCCAUCGGGCUUCUGGUCUCGUCUGAUUACUCGCAUAUUGGCUGACGACUCCAUAGUCGACAUCAUUCGCUCAUUCUUCAUCAUCCCUAAAGAGGUGACGCAGGAUGCUCGGUUGGCCCGGUUGCUAGAUGUGAAGGCUGAGUGGGUGUUGUGGCAGACAGGGAUGGAGCUGCGAUACGCAGACUCAGUGUUGUUCCGCAUGAAAGAAGUCAUUCCUGCACUUCGUAGUGUACCAACAGACUACAAGAAACUCAAGCUGAGGCUGAAGCAGGAGGGGGUGUGGGGAGACGUGGACCUGGUCAACUGUUCUAUACUGGAGGUGCUGCUGCCAUUGGACACACUGGUGAUCAAACGACCAAUCACAGAUGAGGACCAGGCUAUUGGCUACCAGGCUAUAGUGUUGGACCCCAGCCCAGAGUGUUCAGCCCAACUACUGGCUGCAGCUGUGGACCACAUAGACACCCUACUGGAGGACUGGUACCCAACACUCGGUACAAGGUUUGUCCACACUUCAGAAGGCAAGUUCCUAGUGACUAGGCUAGUGCCUUGUCCGAGGUGCCUUGCCUCAGUCCAAGACCAAGAUGUUGACCUGAAUAGCAAACCUCAACAUUUGCAGCAGCCUCAGCCUCCCCACCUUGCUGAGGCACUGCAAGUUGCAGAAGCAGAAGGUCGUCACUCUCGCAGAGUACGCAAGUCUCAGGAGAGCUACACCAGUGAUGUAGACAGUGGAGUGGACCCUGACAGCACAGGCUCUAGCCGCAAGACGUCUGUUGAAGGCCACCCUGGACUGGCAGGAGAGACUGUAGAGGACAAGCUGCCGCAGUACUCGUGGAUGGUGGAGGAAUGUAUUCUGGCUGCAUAUGACAAGUCCUGUGUCAAGUGUCCAACCCAUGGAGAGAUAUCUCUGGCCCACAUCGCCCCGGACACUAUGUUCCUGGACCUGGGAGAGAGACAUCUAAUCAGACCCAACAGUCUGGUGAGGGGCAAGUUGCUGGGUCGAGGUGCGUUUGGCUUUGUGUUUAAAGGCACAUGUCGCAUCCGAGGCUCCAACGACACCAUACAGGUGGCCAUGAAGAUGCUGCAGCCCGUGCCUCCAGGACCCAACGCUAGCCACUCUGCUGUCAUAGCUUACAAGGGAGCGCAGGGCAAGUGGGACCGAGACCCUCUGCAGUACGCCAGCAAGGCCUACUGUACGGCACGUCAGGAGCUGAACAUCCUAUUGACCUUGCGCCAUCCCCACAUAGUGCCACUGGUGGGAGUGUGUACACGACCUCUGGCUCUGGUACUGGACCUGGCACCCCUCGGGGCUUUGGACAUAACACUGCGGCACUACAGACGGAGUGGAGCUAAGCUGCCUACUUACACACUGCAAGCUGUUAUACUGCAGACGGCGAAGGCAAUAGAGUAUCUUCAUCAGCAGCAUAUCAUCUACAGAGACCUGAAGAGUGAGAAUGUGUUGGUGUGGUCUAUUCCUCCUCCCUUCCACGAUCACAUGGAGGUGCCUGUACACAUCAAGCUGGCAGACUAUGGUAUCAGCCGACUGACCUUACCUUCUGGCACCAAAGGGUUUGGAGGGACAGAGGGAUUCAUGGCUCCGGAAAUCAUGAGAUAUAAUGGUGAAGAAGAAUACACAGAAAAGGUGGACUGUUUCUCCUUUGGCAUGUUCAUAUACGAGCUGCUCACACUUCAUCAACCGUUUGAGAGCCAUGAGUCUGUCAAGGAGUGUAUCCUGGAAGGUGGACGACCUCCUCUCACUCACAGGGAAACCUUGUACCCAACCUACAUGCUGGACCUAAUGGUGCUGUGCUGGUGUCAGCAACCACGAGAUCGACCUUCAGCCAGCCAGAUAGUGUCUAUCGCCUCAGCCCCAGAGUUCACCCAUCUCCAUGACAUUGUGUCACUAGACCAUUCUGCUCCUGUAACUGCCACUGUGGCCGCCCCACUUCUACACACUGAGGAGGGAGGUGUCGGAGGAGAGCUGUGGCUAGCCUGUGGCAACUCUCGUACAGACCAGUUGGUUGUCAGUGGCCACACUUGUGUACAGUACUCUACACUGUCCCUUCCUGAAUGCCCGACUGCUGCUUGUCUCGUAGACAACUGUGUGUGGCUUGGCGACAAUGCUGGGACUAUUCAUGUCUUUAGGGCGGGAGACUGCAGCCAUGUGUUUAGCUACACUCUGGACCCUGCGGACACAGUUAGGGUGUGUUCUCUGCUCUACCUUAGCAAUCAGGCUCGUGUAGCAGUCGGGCUGAGCAAUGGCCGUGUGUUCUUGGUCUGCAGUGACUCAUCUCCCCCCUCCCACACCUCAGCUGAAGGCAGCUUUGUCAUGACUGAGCUAGGUAGCAGCACUGUGCUCCACGCCAUCACUGCUGUGUACUGCAGUGACGAUGGAAGUGAGUGUGAGUUGUGGUGUGGGGAGAGCCACGGAGCAUUGUCUAUCUACGCCAUGAAGGACAACGUGGUGACAGGACAUGAGUUGCUGAACCACUAUGAGCCAGUCAUCGCCAACGUGGACGUGCUACAGGUGGUGUCAUCUCACGCUCCUGUCCACUACAGGGACUGGCCAGCCUCCGUGUGGACCUACGUCUACCCUGGGUGUGUUGUUUACCAAUGGGACCCUGCAACCAGAGCUAUAGUUAACAAGCUGGACUGUUCCAAGCUGGUGCCGUGUUCUGAGAGCCUCAAGUCUAUCAGUAUAGAAGAGCAUCUCAGUCCAGGCCGCUGUCAGGUGACCAGUCUGUGUGUGCUGGACUCCGAGGUUUACAUCGGCACAACCUGGGGAUGUAUCGUGGUGGCAGAGCAAGCGACCAUGCGACCAAUCACAGUGUUCCGGCCCUUCCAGGAGGAGGUGUCGGCCAUCUUGGCUUUACAGCCUCCAUCAGGGGGUGAGACUGUCCUAGUCACCGUGGGUAGAGGCUACCGCAGUCUCAUCAAGAGAUACAAGGAUGUGACGGGCACCUCCACAGUCAACACACAGGCUGCUACGUACGCCUUGUUGUGGGCCACUCGCAACUGGGCUGCAGUCUAGUCUGUCAAUCCUUCCUAAAGUACGGCCUAAAGUUACUAAUACAUAAGACGUUUGUAGUGAGAAUAUUCUAUAACCAAUUAAUAUUAGUUUUAUUUUAGAUUUUUAAAAUAUGACGAGCGUAAUCUUUGCUUCUUUUGAGAUCUCGAAGCAAAACUACUGAAUGCUUGUAUUUAUAUGUAUUUACAAUGACUAGAGGUAACAAUGAGUUUCACUGCUAGUUGGAGAAUGGUAACGAUAAUUUAAUAUGUAACCAGGUAGUGAAGAUGUAUUUUUACAUUUAACCCUUUGGAGACCAACCCUAUAGUAUAUGACGCGCUGCUUAGGACCGGGGUACUUUUAACAGUUUCUGCAAUGUUAUAAAAAAAAUACUAUAAGUUUUGAAUAGCACCUCUCUAUCAAAUUUUUUGCAUGCUGUUCUAGAUAUAAAAAAAAGUUAAAUAAUCGUUUGUUUAAACUGCCGAUAUAUCGGAAGUUCAUCGUUAAUAGCAAAAACACCAACUUCCGAAAAAUCGGGAGGUUGGUCUCUCAAGGGUUAAAAUAGGUUAAGUUAUGCAUUCAAUUAUUUUUUUUUUCAUUUCAACAAAAUUAUAUUUUAAAAGUCAUUUAAGCCAUUCUCAAAAAAAUUAAGCUAUAUUUUUACUGUGACAAAACUUA